UUUUUUAUUUAAUUCUAUAUAAUUUGGUUUUAAAAAUGUCCUAUCAAGAUGACGAGGAGGAAGUUACUUUUGAUGGUACCGCUGGAUCAUUCCCAAAAGACUUUGGAUAUGGGGCUUUCGAUGGAGAUCAUGAUAUUCUCUCAUCAUCAGGCGAUCAAAAACCAAGGAUAUUGCUUAUGGGACUCCGAAGAUCUGGAAAAUCAUCGAUACAGAAAGUUGUUUUUCAUAAAAUGUCCCCAAAUGAAACUCUGUUUUUAGAAAGCACAAAUAAAAUCGUAAAGGAUGAUAUAAACAAUUCUAGUUUCGUACAGUUCCAGAUAUGGGAUUUCCCUGGACAAAUAGAUUUUUUUGAUUCCACUUUCGAUUAUGACAUGAUUUUUGGAGGCUGUGGUGCUCUAAUAUUUGUAAUCGAUGCUCAGGAUGAUUAUAUGGAAGCGCUAAACAAACUUAACUUGACAGUUACCAAAGCUUACAAAAUUAAUCCCAAUAUAAAAUUUGAAGUAUUCAUCCAUAAAGUAGAUGGGCUAGGAGAUGAUUUUAAAAUGGAAUCUCAAAGGGACAUUCAUCAAAGGGCUACCGAUGACUUGAAUGACUCUGGUUAUGACCAAAUUCACCUUAGCUUUCACUUAACUUCCAUCUACGACCACUCCAUUUUUGAGGCUUUCUCGAAAGUCGUCCAGAAACUGAUACCCCAGUUGCCAACAUUAGAGAACUUGCUCAAUAUUUUAAAUACAAACUCAGCUAUCGAAAAGUCAUUCCUGUUUGAUGUAGUGUCCAAAAUUUACAUUGCGACCGAUUCAACGCCAGUGGAUAUGCAGAGUUACGAGUUGUGUUGUGAUAUGAUCGAUGUCGUAAUUGACGUGUCUUGGAUAUACGGAGUCAAGGAGGAGCAAGAUCCCGCAGCGUUUGACGAACAGAGUUCUAGUUUAAUUAAGUUGAAUAAUGGUACCGUUCUCUAUUUACGGGAGGUGAAUAAAUUCCUUGCUCUAGUCUGUAUAUUGAGAGAGGACAAUUUCGAUCAUAAAGGUAUAAUAGACUACAAUUUUAUCUGCUUUCGAAACGCUAUUCAACAGGUGUUCGAAUUAAGGAAUAAAAACCAGCCAAUGACGAACGCAGUAGGAAGCCCGCUAGUCAAUGGUAAUAACAUCAUCGGUGAGGGUAUAAGUCCUACUUGAUAAGGAUAACUCGCCUUCUCGAUUUCCAAACAAAAAAAAAUUUAUAUUUUCGAUGCUGAAGUUGUAUAAUUGUUUCUUGUAUGACAUUACCGUUUUUGUUUAUAAUAAGCAAUACAUUUUAAUUUUUUAUACACUAGGAGGUAUUUUUGAAAAUUCCAUUAUUUACUUGUUUGUCAUUUACUACUACGUUAAAGAGACUCGUACAACAUUUUUUUUUGAGUUAUAAAAAAAUGCAGAAAAGUUAAUUAUUAGUAUUAUUAGCAAAAAAAAUUUAUGAG